UGGGCGGGGCUUCCUGUCCGGGUGGCUCGGGUGGUAGGUUUGGAGCCCCAUCCCCCGCACGUGGCGUGCGCUUUGGGCGCGGGGGCUUUUGAGCGGUUUGCUAGGCGUACGUCACGCGCAGAGGCCGUUGGAUCGGCGGGUAGAACCGUCCCUGUGCCGUUUCUGCCCCGGCGCAGGGCGAGCGGCCGCCGGUGGCGCUGAGGCUUGGCGCGCUUCCGUCAUGGACUACCGGCGGCUGCUGAUGAGUCGGGUGGUCCCGGGGCAGUUUGACGACGCCGACUCCUCGGACAGUGAAAACAUUGACUUGAAGACUGUCAAAGAGGAAGGUGAUAUUCUGUUUGAAGACCUUCAGAAUAACGUGAAUGAGAAGAUGGGUGAAGGUGAGAUAGAAAGGGAGGAGGAGGAAGAUUAUGACGACGAUGAUGACUGGGACUGGGACGAUGGAUUUGGUAAACUGACCAGGUGUUCAGCCUCAGGUGGAGGGAGUAACCUGCAGGCAAAUCGACAGACUCCCAGCUUCAAUUCAGCCAAAAUGUCUACUCCAUCAGACAAGGUCUUAAGGAAAUUUGAGAAUAAAAUUAAUCUAGAAAAACUGAACGUUACUGAUUGUGUCAUAAACAAAGUCACGGGAAAGUUUAGACAAAAGGAAGCAGAUAUGUAUCGCAUCAAAGAUAAGUCGGACCGAGCAACUGUAGAACAGGUGUUGGAUCCCAGAACACGAAUGAUAUUGUUCAAGAUGUUGACGAGAGGAAUCAUAUCAGAGAUCAAUGGCUGCAUUAGCACAGGAAAAGAAGCUAAUGUCUAUCAUGCUCGCACAGCAAAUGGAGAGAGCAGGGCAAUCAAAAUUUAUAAAACUUCUAUUUUGCUGUUCAAAGACCGGGAUAAGUAUGUCAGUGGGGAAUUCAGGUUUCGCCAUGGCUACUGUAAAGGCAACCCCAGAAAAAUGGUGAAAACGUGGGCAGAAAAGGAAAUGAGGAACUUAAUCAGGCUAAACACAGCAGAGAUCCCGUGCCCAGAACCUAUCCUGCUGCGAAGUCAUGUUCUCGUCAUGAGUUUCAUUGGCAAAGACGACAUACCAGCGCCGCUCUUGAAAAACGUCCAGUUAUCAGAAUCCAAGGCUCGAGAGUUGUAUGCGCAGGUGAUCGAGUACAUGAGGAGAAUGUACCAGGACGCCAGGCUCGUGCACGCGGAUCUCAGUGAAUUCAACAUGCUGUACCAGGGCGGAGGUGUGUGCAUCAUUGAUGUUUCUCAGUCUGUGGAGCACGACCACCCGCAUGCCUUGGAGUUCUUGAGGAAGGACUGCGUCAACGUCAACGAUUUCUUUCUGAAGCACGGGGUCGCCGUGAUGACUGUGCGAGAACUCUUUGAAUUCAUCACGGAUCCGUCAGUUACACACGAGAACGUGGACGCGUAUCUGGCAAAGGCCAUGGAAAUAGCAUCUCAAAGGACCAAGGAGGAAAGGUCCAGCCAAGAUCAUGUGGAUGAAGAGGUGUUUAAGCGAGCUUAUAUUCCUAGAACCUUGAAUGAAGUGAAGAAUUAUGAGAGGGAUAUGGAUAUAAUGAUGAAAUUGAAGGAAGAGGACAUGGCCAUGAACGCCCAGCAGGACAACAUUCUAUACCAAACUGUCACGGGACUGAAGAAGGAUUUGUCAGGAGUUCAGAAGGUCCCUGCACUCCUGGAAAGUCAAGUUAAGGAAAAGACUUGUUCUGAUUCAGAAGAUGCCAGGAGUUCUCAGUGUUCUGACACAGACUCUGCGGAGCAGGGAGACACUGCCUGCUCCCGGAAGCCCGCCGCUGACCUCGAAGUCGAUAAAAAGGAAAGAAAAAAGAUGGUCAAGGAAGCCCAGAGAGAGAAAAGAAAAAACAAAGUUCCUAAACAUGUGAAAAAAAGAAAGGAGAAGACAGCCAAGACGAAAAGGGGCAGAUAGAACCAGAACUGUAUGAUGUACAGUAAUUUCCCAUCACCUGCUCUCUGAGCUGCAUCUGGAGGAUGGGUUAUUGAUUUUAACUGAAUGGUUAUUACCACAAUGUCCAUGUGGACGGAUUCACGUGUUUUCAUGUAAUCAUGUAAAAAGCUCUAAGCUCUAGUGUUUAGGUCUAAGUCCUUAGCUCUUUAUGGUAUUGAUAGAGGAUUGUUUAAGCUACUUUUUUUUUUUUUUUUUUUUUGGCGGUACGCGGGCCUCUCACUGUUGUGGCCUCUCCCGUUGCAGAGCACAGGCUCCGGACGCACAGGCUCAGCGGCCAUGGCUCACGGGCCCAGCCACUCUGCGGCAUGUGGGAUCUUCCCGGACCGGGGCACGAACCCGUGUCCCCUGCAUUGGCAGGCGGACUCUCAACCACUGCGCCACCAGGGAAGCCCUAAGCUACUAUUUUAAUGAAGAACUUUAUACAGUUUUACUUUUGUAUAUAUUUUCUCCUGCAGUGUGGUUUUUGAAGCAUCAUAACUGUUUAAAAGGCACUUUGGGCAAACUUGGGCAAAUUGUUUUUGCUUUGUACGUGUCAAAGACCCAUCUGAAAUCAUUUGAUUAUAAGGCCACAGUUUCUAUAAAAGGGGGUUUCACUGAUUUAGAGAAUUCAGUUGUUGAUAUAAUCGUUCAUCGCAACUUUGUUCUAUGUGUAUUGAUGAUUGUUUACAAUAAGUUAGUCUUCAUCUUUCAUAUUCUUUUUUGAGCUAGGACCUCCUAGUUUAUAAGCUAUUUCAUGUUCAACUAUGAGACCUGUUCAUUCAUUCAUCAAAUAUUUGAGUAUUUUAGGUGUGAGGAUACAGCAGUAAAUCCAAAGCAAUUUCCAUAGAUAAACCUAGUUUCCCUUAAACCGAAGCUUGUACCUGCUUGUUUGAAAGUCAGUGGGUUAUUGAGGGAGGGGCGGGUCUACUGGAUAAAGCAGACAGAAGUUACUACCUUUAGCUGGUUUGCGUUUUAAUAGGAAGACAAGGCAUUAAACAAGUACAAAGCAGUCUAUCAGCAGGCAAUAUAUUCCGGGGGAGGGGAAGAAAUAAUGUAGAGAAGAGAAUGCCUGGGGCGGUGGGAGAGUGCAGGUUUAAAACAGGCCACGCUGAGAGGCCAUAUUUGGGCAAAUACUUGAAGGAUGUGAGUCAUGUGCAUGUCGGGAGAGAAGAGCAUUCCAGGCAAAGCAAACAGCAAGUGCAAAGGCCCUGAGGCAGAAGUGUGUCUGAAAUGUUCCAGAAACAGGGAGCUAGAGCAUCAUAACCACAGCAGGAAGUAGCAGCUUAGAUCAGGUGGUGGUAUGUUCCUGGAAGGUUUUGAGCAGAGGAAUGGUGUAAUCUGACUUCUGUUUUGAAAGGGUCGUGAUCCCUGGGGCUUCCAGGGAGAAUGGACUAGGAGAUGGGUGGGGGUGGACAGGCGGCUGGGUAUGUACCGUGGUAACCCACGCUACAGAAGACGGAGGCUCGGUCCAGGAUGGUAGCAGUGGACAUGGAGAGAAGCGGUUGGAUUCUAGGUAAAGCAGGCACGGUGAACUGGAUGUGCCAUGAGAAAUGCCGAUUUUAGUCCUUGAAUCAAAGGCAAUUUCCAUAGAUAAACCUAGUUUCCCUUAAACUGAAGCUUGCACCUGCUUGUUAUUGAAGGAGGGGCAGGGUCAAUUGAGCUUUUAAGUCAAAUUUAUUACGUUCAUAAUAGCCUCUCUUCCUGACUUGAACAAAGUUCAAAAUAUGAAGUAUAAUUUCAGCGAAACACAAUUGUAUGUCCUCUAAAAUAUUCUACAGUUAACACAACCAAAGAGAAAACAAAAAAGGAGGCUGAGCAAUCCAGUACACCUUGAGGGAUUCAUCUUCAGGACCCCCCAAUUCUCUCAUGGGUUGGGUCUUACCUCCAGCCAGGCAUGUUUGAAUCAGGUGGUCGGGCUCCGCAGUGCCAUCUUUGGUGAAUCGAAUGAAAUCACUAGGCUUGGAUUCAGUUUCACUGGGCAAAAGUGGUGUCGGCAGGAUGGACACUCAUGACCUGCUGCCAGGAGGAAGUGGCUUGUGACGUGCCAGGAUUUGGGACUGUAGGGGAUUCUGAUUGGAGGAGCCUUUUCCUGACAGCUUGCUGAUGUGGCUGUUGCCCCGUCUGGAUUCUGGGCUGUAGCUGUGGCUGCGUGGGAACCACUGGUAGCAUUCUUGCCAAACUAGUCUGAAACCCUUUCCCUUGUUUGUUUCUUGCCAGGAGGUCUGAAAGAAGCAGCCUCUUUGUAGGCAAACUUAACAGGGCUACUUUCUGGCUUUGACUGCAAUAGAAUUUUGAGCACUUGACAGGUUUUAGUGUCCCUAGAUUAUUGGUUGCGCAGUGACUUUCCAUUGGGAGAGAUGAGCUUUGGGGUCUCUUGAUCCAAAGGCUGGGACACGAUUUUGUCAGCUGUUGAUGUAUCUGGUUUUCUGUCCCAUUUUGUUGAUUUUCUAAUCCCUUCAAAAAUGCAGGUGUUUCUAAAAGUUUACUGUGAGGAAUCUGGAUGACUUCGUUGAAGCACGAAAUCACAGCCAUUUCCUCUGCGGCUCUACUUAAUCUUCCUUCGAUGAAGCAGUUUAGGAACAGAACUUUGCCUGGCCCAGGAGCUCCAGCAUUUGAGCCUGGCCUUGGAGUGAAGAAGUGGGCACAGUGGCAGCUGGCUGCCUAGGUCUGAUCAAACGCGAGUCCAUGUUUGGGGCUGACAUCACUUUUUCUUCAGCUUUCUCUACUCCUUGAUGAAGAUGGACUCAAUCGGUCGAAGAACUUUGUAGUUUGGUACUAAGACUUGGAGAAGAACUCUCCUUUUCAUGGGUUUCUGCUGACUUCUGUGCAAGCAGCUUGUUUCUUGGUUGCAGGCCUAUCCUGUUUUGUGGCUGAUUUCAUUAACCUUUUGGCUCAAAAUGAAGAGAUGAAGAAGUUCUUCUAGAAGCUGGUAAAAAUUCACUUGAAGGACAUCUCAAAUGUCAUGGGCUCUGAAUGUUGACAUUUCUAAAAAUCCUUUUGGUUUUCAAGAGCUUGACAGAUUUUCUAAUUUUUAGUUGUUUAUACACAUAUAAAUAAAGACCAGGAACAUUCAUUCAGAGCUUGAUUUGACUUCUGGGGUUUACUUUUUGAUGAUGAAAGGGUCGCAUGAAUCAGCAGGUAUGGUCUGCUGGUAUGGUCAAGGUGUGGUCUCCUGUGAAGAUUUCCUGUGACCACAUCAAAUGGCUAAGAUUUUCAACCUUUGGUGAUCGUAAAACAAGAGCUCUCCGUGUUCUGUCUCUUGAAUUGGAUUAGGUUAUUACAUUCCUAAUCCAUUUUGGUUGGAGUUUUUAACUUCCAUAUCCUUUGGGUUUGUGUUACCUUGGACAUCAGGGCUUUUAUUUUAGUGCUCCAGGGAAAUUAUAGUGUUGUGUCUGAAAUCAUUUAAGCUAGUUUCCGAAGGAAAAGAUACCUUUCUUGCGUCUGUGUUCUCCAGAGAUCUUAGUCGCAGUUGGUAGUGCUGUGGGAAGCUCUGGGCUUGAACUUGGAGAAUGAAGACUUGAACUCGUGGAAUUUUUGGUUUUCGGCUUUCCUUCAUUUUCUGUGUCACUCCACAUCCUGCUUUGACUGCUGGCAGGCCGCGGUCGUGAGGAGGUGGCCCUCGUACCGCCUGGAAUAGCCACACACCCACAAAAUCCUUUCUCUCUCCUUCUUUCCCAGAAUGGCAAGGGCAUCAUCCGUGUGUGAGCGCAGCUAUUUCUAGCUCUCUGAGAGCUUUCUACCCUCUUAUCAAUGCACCUGAAUAACUUUAAGGCCGAGCAACUUAAUCAUCUCGGGGUGAAACUUUAACCUUUACACAUUUUCUGCAUAGCUGUCUUGGAGUCAUAAACUUGUCAGUGAAAAAGUGGUGGGUCCUUGGGGUCCAAGUGCAGCAGCUGGAGAGGCGGGCAGGCAGAGGAUGGGCUGUUGAAAGUACGCAUGGGGGUUGCCCUUGAGGGUAGCAUCUGUGCUACAGCCGUGGGCGUGAGUGGCUGCAUAGGGGAGCAUCAGAGGCUUAGGUCAAGGAACUGAGGCCAGGGUUUUGGAAGGACCAUCUGUGUUGGGACAGGGCCUAGUUUUAGAGUGUCAGUGAGUGACAUGCCUGAAUCUUCAGUGGGCUGGGAGAGGGGUGACGUGGACGCCUGUAAUGUUGGGGGGAGGUGAGUGGUGUCGGAUGACGUCAGUGCCCUCCAGAGAGCCAGGGUUUAAAUGGGGCAAGGAGAGGGGAACCCUCAGAGGAGACGCUGAGGAUACGAGGCUUUUUGCUGGUGUCUGACCCCACCUGGGUUCCCGACGGCACUGCGGGGAGUGUUUUGGGAUGGAGAAGAGUAGGAAAAGCCCCGUUGUGGGGUUGGAUGCUUCUGGGUCUGAGGACCUGACCCCAUUAAGGAGGCAGAUGUCACAAGCACAUGGAGAUAAAGAGUAGUGCCUGCCUCAUGGACUUCUUGUGAAGGACACAGGAGAGCCACAGGGAGCUUGGCAAGGGCUGGAUCAGGCUGGUGAACCUGGACUCAGUCAUUCAAGAUGGAGCAGUCCGACCCCUUGGUGUUCCUGCAGUGAUGUGAGAAGAGGUUCACAGAACCUAGAAAGUAUCUUGCCUCCCCCCAGAAAUGGUGAACCUCAACCCAUGUAGCCGCCAGCUGUAAUCAGCAGUUUACAAAGUAUACAGCUCACAGGAACAGGAUAAAUGAUGCUGGGAGGAUACAGUCAACCGAAUUCAGAAUAAGGUGGCGGGCGGGGGAAGAAGAGGGAGAGCUAUGAUAAAGAGGUCCAGGAGACAUUUCCCAAUGCUGUGGAUUUCACUUGGAUCCUGAUUAGAUCAAACCAACUGUAAAACGAUGGACUGUUUGGGGGUUUCUUUUUAGACAAAUAGGGAAAACUAAAAAUGGAGGAGGUGUUAGAUGAUAGUAAGGGAUUGUUAAUUUUACUGGGUGUGAUAGUGGUAUUUUUAAAAAUGGUUCUCUCAGAGUGUGGACUGAAGUCUUUAUGGGUGAGAUGGAUAGAAUGCCUGCGAUUGUUUCAAAAUUCUCCAUCCUUGACCGACUCCUAAAGGAAAGUGGUGGAUGAAGCAGAAAUAGCAGGAGGUCAGUAGUUGCUAAAGCAGAGUAAUGGGUAUGUAGGGAUUUAUUUUACUCUUCUCUCUCUGUAACAAUUUCUGUAAGAAAAAAGGGUGUUUUUUUUUACUGAGUCGAAGUAAAUAUAUUAAGUAUUUAAAACAGGGCUUGUCACAUAGUAGGACUGUGUUACGCAAGUAUCUAUAUUUUUAUUUUAUUCGUUAUUCUUUUGUUUGUUUGUUUGUUUUUGCGGUACGCGGCCCUCUCACUGUUGUGGCCUCUCCCGAUGCGGAGCACAGGCUCCGGAUGCGCAGGCUCAGCGGCCAUGGCUCACAGGCCCAGCCGCUCGGCGGCAUGUGGGAUCUUCCCGGACCGGGGCACGAACCCGUGUCCCCUGCAUCGGCAGGCGGUCUCUCAACCACUGCGCCACCCGGGAAGCCCUACUCGUUAUUCUUAAGAAACUUUUUUUGCCCAGGCAUCAAGGUUUAAUCAUCUGGGCCAAAGAAGUAGCUCUAGGUAGAACUGUGAUGGCUUCUGGUACUGGCCCAGCUCGGCAAUGUCACUUGAAAUGCCUUUUGUAGGCAGUUCGAGAGCUUGUAUAUUGAACAAAUGCUGACAGAAGUUUUAGUGCUGCCAAGCCUGACCCUUGUUUUAACAUAUGUCACCUUCUCGGUGACCUGUCCUAACCACUCUGUCUGGAUUUGCAGUCUGCCCCCUUAACUAAGGCCCCUACACACCUUAUUACCUUUGCUCUGCAUCGUUUUUCUAAAGCUCCUCUAACUAACUUACAGGUAGACCUCGUUUUAUUGCACUUCACAGAUAAUUGCGGUUUUUACAGAUUGAAGGUUUGUGGCAACCCUCUGUUGAGCACGUCUGUCUGUGCCAUUUUUCCAACAGCAUUUGCUCACUUUGUGACUCUGUUACAUAUUUUGAUAGUUCUCAGAAUCUUUGAAACCCUCUACCAGCAGAAAGAUUACAUCUCGCUGACAACUCAGAUGAUGGUUAACUUUUUUUAGCAAUAAGGGCUUUUUUAAUCACUUGUUUUAGACACAAUGCUAUUGCACACUUACAGACUACAGUCUAGUAUAAACAUCACUUUUUUAUGCACUGGGAAACCAAAAAAUCCACGUGACUUGCUUUAUUGCGCUACUCGCUUUAUUUGGUGGUCUGUAGCCGAGCCCACAGUAUGUCCGAGCUCUGCCUGUACUUACAUGCUGAAUUUUCUCAUACGUAUUGUGUGUCUUCCCUCACCUCCCAACCUCUUCCUAGAAUGUAAGCUCCACAGGGGCAGGGAUUUUUAUCUUUGUUCAGUUUUGUAUCCCAGCACCUAGAAUUGUGUCUAAAAUACCGUAAAUGCUCAAUAAAUAUUUAAGGGAAUAA